AUGGCCGCAAAUGAUGAUGCCAAACGCGAAGAAGAAGGCAGUCGCAGUGGUCGUGAAGACCACGAAACGACGGGAGGAGCGGUCGUGGUAAAAGCGCGCGUGGCACCGUCCGGCGCGUUUGGUUUGCCGAUGUCGUUCGAUUUGGUGUGUCGUUCGAUUGUGUUCUUGGACGACGCGCUUUGCGCGUUUCCGGUUGGUCACGGCGUCUUGUUGGUGGAGAGCGAACGUGGGAGGCAAGUGGCGUUCGUACCCGGGACGCCCGGGCAGAGGAAAGUGACCGCGAUCGCGGCGAAGAAGUGUUUUGGGGGUGGGAGCGCGAGGGAGAGAAGCGAAGACUUUUUGGAGCAGGAGGAAGAGGAGAGAGGAAAAGGCGGUCAACAAAGAAGGGAGGCGGGAGUAUCUUCUGCUUCUGCUUCUUCUGCUUCUGCUUCCGGACCGAUCACGUUUACUGGCGAAAAUGCUUCUUUACUCGCGAUUGCAGAGAGUGGAGACGAGGAAAUAGGACCGUCGAUUGUGUUGUGCGCGAUACAUCGACAGACGCAAAGGCGCGCGAGGUUGAGAACGUUUUCGUUGAGAGACGCGAUCGGGACAGACGGGAAGAAAAGUUCGAGCUCUUCUUCCAGUGCAACAGGAGCUUCGAUGAGUGGAUGUUUCGGUGAGUAUGCGUUCACGGAGGUGUGUUUUUCAACCGAUGGAGCUUCGAUUGUAGCGAAAGUGCAAAGAGUUUCGGACGAGAACGAUUGGACCUUGCGUUCGUGGACUUUCUCGGAUCUGACGAAGCGCACCAACGUCAGUAACGACGGUGAUAUCAAUAGUAAUCAAGAACUGUCGACGAGCAAUCCGUUUCCUGCGUCGUCUGCUUACUCUGAUAUUUUCUCUGCGGGUAAAAAGUCCUCGUCGGUGUCGAACGUGUCGCACGUGAUUGGUUUUCUUCCAGAGCCGCGCAUAAGCGUCGGUCAACGCAACCAUUCAACGUCACACUCCAAUCCGGCGAGUUUUAAAUUUCAUCCACGCGAGAGAAAUACCGUUUCAGCUGUCGCUAUGAGCGUGAUCAGAAUGUAUAAGCUCCCUCAAAAGUCAGAGGCUGACUUAUAUGCCGCAUCUUCGGCGUCGGGGAGUCGGGGCGUUAUCAAACUCGCCAGCGCAAUACCAUUCGGGGAAGCCUUUGAAGGAGAUGAACCAGUCGAUCACGCGUGGUUAGAGAAAGGAAACGGAGAGAGAGUCGUUGUUGCAUUUAAAAGUGGACAAGCGUUGAUACUAGAACAAUCGCAACCGAUAUUUAUUAUUCGAAACUGCUUUGCGCAAAAUAAUAAUAGCUACAAUAUUGGCGCAACGGGUGUAUGUGCCAUCGGCGCACGAGGUUUUUGUAUUUUCGGAACUAACGGAAGCCUUUCCGUGUAUAACAGAAAUGCCGAUCGAAAGAUUACCGCAGGUAAAGAGCCAUACGGUAAAAUCCGAGUUUGGUCUGUUCGUAGGAAAAACCAAGCCUAUGAAGAUAGUCCGGAAGAAGAAGAAGAAGAGGAAGAAGAAGGUGAGGUAGACGGAGUAGAUGAAGACGCGGUCGAUGAGAAGAAUGUGAAGAAUCGCAACUGCAACUCGCGUGAUGGUACAGAAUUCGAUGACGUUUGUGGCAAAGAUACUACAGAUACUAGUAUUUGUCAGUCGCAAGAAGUGCGUUGGAUCAUUGAAAGGGGAGCGAUUGUUUCUGCGGACGUCUCUCCGUGCGGCGAAACUCUUAUCGUGUGGAUGGACCAUCCAACGAACGAGCUUUACACUCUCGCAGUCUCAGAUACAGACGCAUCGGUUCGGGAAAUAACGACCGAGAAGGAAGCUUCCAGCGAUUGUGAACAGAGCGCUUUGCAAGGUACCGCGCAUAGUGACGUGUUCCAAGUACUUUUGCGGGAAAACUUCAGCGUCACAGCUUCUGAACGCUCGAAACUACCCGGUGCGACAAACUCGACGAUAUCGUUUUCUUCCACGUUUAAUCAAGAUGCCAACAGAUCGUCAUGUGGUGGUAAUAUGAUAUCGCACAACGUUGUGCUUCCAUCUCCAUCCUCGCGUGCAAGUCAUUGCGCUUUGAAACCGAUACUCGCUACGUGUUCCACUGACGGCGCCGUUCGUAUCUGGUCUACUAAAGAGAAGAAUAAAAUGUUGUUUGGUGGCAUUUCUACCGCGUUGACGACCAGUGAUGUGCAUUCAGAGACGACCGCAAAGUCGUCAGAUCGCGGCUCUAGUACGAGCACGUCUACAGAGUCGUCGGCUUUUAGCUGUGCGCUUGAACUUUGUGAGCACUUCCCAGAGACGCCACUUUCAGUAGCAUUGCAUCCGUCCGGACAUAUUCUCCUCGUUGGCUUCAACGAUAAACUCCGCAUGUUCUACAUUCACCGCGACACUCUCGAAAAAGCUCGCGAGUUUCCAUUGAAGAACGUGCGUGAUGUCAGUUUCGCACACGGUGGACACAAGUUUGUGGCCGCGCAUGGUAACUGUGCCAAGAUUUUCGACACGUAUACAGGCGCAAAUGUGUCGACGCUUCGGGGACACUCGUCAAAGGUUAGACGGGUAAAAUGGACGAGUGACGACGAAAAUGUCGUUACUAUAGGUGCGGACGGUUGCUGUUAUCGCUGGGAGUUACACGGUGUUGAUGCUUUAUCUGGAGAACACAAGAGAAACGCAGAACACGCGAGAAAGGGGUGUCGAUACGACGACGUCGCACUUCUGCCGAAAGAACUCGGGAAUGGCGUGUUUUUAGUUGGAAGCGAUCGAACAAUUAAAGAGCUAGACGGUGAAAAGUUUGGCGCAGGUUCGUGCCGAGAAUUUGAAAUCUCUUCAUCCAUGUCAGCGCUCUCUUGUAACGGCGGCGGUGACGGUACAGCCGGAACGACUUUCGACCAGAGCGGAAGUGAUGAGGAGCACAGCAGAAUGGUCUCGCGACGAAAAGCAACUACUCUAACAUCUGCGUGCUUUGUGCAUUCAUCUCGACUCCUGGUAUGUGGUACAUCCUGCGGUGCGUUGCGGGUAUACACAACUCCGUUGACCGGAGAAUUUCGUGAAUAUCGAUGCGCGAGCAAUCGGGAAAUUACAUCCAUAUGUGCGUCCGAUACUGAGAAGAGAGUGUUCGCGUGUGCCUCGGACGGAACAAUGUUUGCAUUCGAGAUUAUUAUAGAAUCUGAUUCCGGUGCAUUCAAUUUCAAUAACCCUCUUCCUCGGUUUGAUAAAAAUAGAAGCGUAAAAGAUACGAGCGACGCUGACGCGCCAGACGACGUGCUCAUAUCGCGCCUCGUCCUACUUGAAAAGGAGAAGAGCAUAGCAGAUCUCCGUUCAAGAAUUCGUGAACUUCGCGCCAGACACGAAUACGAGCGUCGAGUGUCCGACCAACGGAAUCGAGAAGAAGUUAAUCGUCUAGAAACGCAGCGUAAGAACGAUCUGGAAAGAGAAAUCGCCAAGCGAACGAGGUUGCGAGAAACAUUUCUGGAGGAGAGGGCAAAAACUGAAGAGAAAACGCGCAGCGAAGACGAAACGCGCCGAACACGCGAAGAACACAAAGAGAGAGAGUAUAGGCGUAAACUCGCGAAAGAGUUUGAGAAGACUGAAAACUUAAAAGUCGUGAAAGAUGAGGAAAUUGCGAAGUGGGACGAGCAAAAUUCAGCAUUGGUGCAGGCCCAUGAGGCGUACGUCAAAGAAUCGGAAGCGAAAUUGGAGAAAGAGACGCGACUUUUACAGCAUAAAAUCGCGCAGCUAGAAUUAGAAAUUCGCACAGAGAAGGAAAUUAGCGAAGAGACGCAGCGCCAAGUUGAAGAAGACGCCGACGAAGAGAUUGAAAAUUUGAAAAAGGUAUUUCAGGAAAACGUGGAGUACGAGCGCCAUCGUUCUGCGGAGUUACGAAUUGAGCACGCGAAAACACGGAAGCUUCGCGAAAGCGCAACCAGAAACGAAGAAUUAAUGCGCGAAGAGGCCUCGUUAGCAAAGCGCGAGCGAGAUGUGCUCAAAGAAGAGCUGGAAAAGGCGAGACAAACUUUAGUAGAACGCGACGCUGAAAUACGUGAUUUGAAAGAAGACAAUAAAAAAUCGACUCGCGAGAUGCAAAAGAAGAUUGCAUCAGAACGGAAGCUCUCCUCUCAACUGACGGAACUUUCCGAGAGACUCGUCAAAGUCGAUUCUGAGAUUGUACCAAAGUUUGAGCGCACCGUGAACGAUUUGAACGAACAUUUACAGUUGAAGGAUAAAGAAAUAGUAAAAGUAUUGGCAGAAGUGAAAGCUCUCAAAGGCGAGUUGGAAGAAACAACACGCAAAGGAGAGAGCUUUCGCAAAGAAGCAAAGUUGAAGCGUAGAAACGCGGAAAAAUCGCAGCAGUUGAUUAAAAGAUUCCAGCGCGACUUGUUCCAGGUGGUGGAUAGAAAAGCAAACGAGGACUUCAAAGCGUUGAAAGAUGCCGUUGUGCAACUGUAUUCCCGAUACGCUCGCGAAGAAGACAUCAAGGAGAACGAAGUACACUUGACGCGCGCGGAAGAAGCAGCUCUUGCGGUCCAAAAACGGAACGAUGUAUUAGAACAAACUGUUGAGAAGUUACGUAAGCAAUUGAGGAAAGAAAGUGAGGCUCGGCGUAUCGAAGUAUCGAAGGUUUUGAAGGAAAAUCUGGAGCUCAGCUGA